AUGCAGAUUACCGAUGAUUGGCGGCCUCUAGCCGAUGCUCCGGGCGUUCAAGAUAACCAACAUCGGCCAAACUUAUGCCGGAACCGCCAGCGACGAUGGCAAGACGAUUCUGUACCACGCAAUCCGCGGGGCCGGUUUCCCUUCCCGGGCUGCCGUGGAAUCCGCCAGCACUUGAUCCAGCACCGGCGGCAGUGCAGCGGCUUCCGCGGCUGCAACCGAGCUUUCGGGACCUCGGCUGCCCUGGGCGAGCACAUAUUCUGCGCCCAAACCGCGAGCACCAUGCCGUACAUGUGUACCUUCCCUGGCUACGGCUACAUUGCCAGUGGUGGCAUCUUCACGGGGCGCCUUCAGGAGCACUUGCUUCCUUAG